UGGAGGGCUGCAAAAGGCCAGGGGAGGUUCAAGUGCACAAUACUCAACUGAGGAAAAUUCAUCUUGUCGUGGGAGGAAAAGUAACCAGCAACCAUGGGGGACGGUGAAAUGGCCCAAUUUGGCCCAGCUGCCAUUUACCUUCGUAAGCCUGAGAAGGAGAGAAUUGAGGCCCAAUCCAAGCCCUUUGAUGCAAAGACUGCUUGCUAUGUGGUUGACAAAGAGGACUUGUACGUCAAGGGUACAAUUAAAAAGAGGGAAGGAGGCAAAGUCGUUGUUGAAACGCUUGAAACCAAGGAGGAAAGGACAGUGAAGGAAGACGAAGUCUUCCCCUUAAAUCCUCCCAAAUACGACAAAAUUGAGGACAUGGCUAUGAUGACCCACCUAAACGAAGCCUCCGUCUUGUAUAACCUCAAAGAGCGUUAUGCAGCAUGGAUGAUCUACACCUACUCAGGACUUUUCUGUGUCACUGUGAACCCCUACAAGUGGCUCCCCGUAUACGAUCAAGCAGUGGUGAAUGCCUACAGAGGCAAGAAGCGUGUGGAGGCCCCGCCCCACAUCUUCUCUGUCUCUGACAACGCAUUUCAGUUCAUGCUUCAAGACAGGGAGAAUCAGUCUGUCCUGAUCACCGGAGAAUCUGGUGCUGGAAAAACUGUAAACACCAAGCGUGUCAUCCAGUACUUUGCAACAAUUGCAGUGUCUGGUGGCAAGAAAGCAGAGCCACCAGCCAGCAGUGGAAAAAUUAAGGGCUCUCUUGAAGACCAGAUCAUUGCCGCCAACCCACUGCUGGAAGCUUAUGGUAAUGCCAAGACUGUGAGGAAUGACAACUCUUCACGUUUUGGUAAAUUCAUCAGAAUUCACUUUGGCACUUCUGGAAAACUGGCUAGUGCUGAUAUUGAGACUUACCUGUUGGAGAAGUCUAGAGUGACAUUCCAGCUUCCUGAUGAGAGAGGCUACCACAUCUUCUUCCAGAUGAUGACCAACCACAAGCCUGAAAUUAUAGAAAUGUCCCUCAUCACUGCCAACCCCUAUGACUUCCCAAUGUGCAGUCAGGGUCAGAUCGCUGUGGCCAGCAUUGACGACAAAGAGGAGUUGGAUGCCACAGAUGAUGCCAUUGACAUCCUGGGUUUCAGUAAUGAGGAGAAAGUCACCAUUUACAAGCUGACUGGUGCUGUGCUCCAUCAUGGCAACAUGAAAUUCAAGCAGAAGCAGCGUGAAGAGCAGGCUGAGCCUGAUGGCACUGAGGAUGCUGACAAAGUCGCUUACCUCCUGGGCCUGAACUCUGCUGACAUGCUGAAGGCUCUGUGCUACCCAAGAGUGAAAGUCGGAAAUGAGUUUGUCACCAAGGGUCAGACUGUACCACAGGUCAAUAACGCAGUGUCGGCCUUGUCCAAGUCCAUCUAUGAGAGGAUGUUCUUGUGGAUGGUCAUCCGUAUCAACCAGAUGUUGGACACUAAACAGCCAAGGCAGUUCUUUAUUGGUGUGCUGGAUAUUGCUGGCUUUGAGAUUUUCGAUUUCAACAGCAUGGAGCAGCUGUGUAUCAACUUCACCAAUGAGAAAUUACAACAGUUCUUCAACCACCACAUGUUCGUUCUGGAGCAAGAGGAGUACAAGAAAGAGGGAAUUGUUUGGGAGUUUAUUGACUUCGGCAUGGAUUUGGCCGCUUGCAUUGAGCUUAUAGAAAAGCCUAUGGGUAUCUUUGCCAUCCUUGAAGAGGAGUGCAUGUUCCCCAAGGCCUCUGACACCACUUUCAAGAACAAGCUGUAUGAUCAGCAUCUUGGCAAGACUAAGGCCUUUGAGAAGCCCAAGCCUGCUAAAGGCAAGGCUGAGGCCCACUUCUCCCUGGUGCACUAUGCCGGCACUGUGGACUACAAUGUUGGUGGAUGGCUGGACAAGAACAAGGAUCCACUGAACGAUUCUGUUGUGCAGUUGUACCAGAAAUCGGGAGUAAAACUCCUGCCUGUCUUGUACCCACCUGUUGUUGAGGAGGCUGGUGGUGGUAAGAAGAAGAAGAAGGGUGGCUCCAUGCAGACUGUGUCAUCACAGUUCAGGGAGAACUUGGGCAAACUGAUGACCAACUUGAGGAGCACCCAUCCUCACUUUGUGCGUUGUCUGAUUCCAAAUGAAAUUAAGAAACCAGGUCUGAUGCAGAACUUCCUGGUCAUCCACCAGCUCAGGUGCAAUGGUGUGCUGGAGGGUAUCAGAAUCUGCAGAAAGGGUUUCCCAAGCAGAAUCCUCUAUGGUGACUUCAAGCAGAGAUACAAAGUGCUGAAUGCCAGUGUGAUCCCUGAUGGUCAAUUCAUUGAUAACAAGAAGGCUGCUGAGAAGCUCUUGGGAUCCAUUGAUGUUGAUCACACCCAGUACAUGUUUGGACACACAAAGGUGUUCUUCAAAGCUGGCCUGCUGGGUACCCUUGAGGAGAUGCGAGAUGAGAAACUGGCUACCCUGGUCACAAUGACUCAGGCUCUCUGCCGUGCAUACCUGAUGAGGAGGGAGUUUGUCAAGAUGAUGGAAAGAAGGGAGGCUAUCUACACCAUCCAGUACAAUAUACGCUCAUUCAUGAAUGUCAAGACCUGGCCAUGGAUGAAGGUUUACUACAAGAUUAAGCCCCUACUGAAGAGUGCUGAAACUGAAAAGGAGCUGGCCAACCUGAAGGAGAACUAUGAGAAACUCAAAGAUGUCCAUGCAAAGGUUGAGGCCAAGAAGAAGGAGCUUGAGGAGAAGAUGGUGGCUCUGGUGCAAGAGAGGAAUGACCUGGCACUGCAAGUGGCCUCUGGAAAUGAGGGUCUCAAUGAUGCUGAGGAGAGGUGUGAGGGUCUUAUCAAAAGUAAGAUCCAGCUCGAGGCCAAGCUUAAAGAGACAACCGAGAGACUGGAGGAUGAAGAGGAAAUCAAUGCUGAGCUGACUGCCAAAAAGAGGAAACUGGAAGAUGAGUGCUCUGAGCUCAAGAAGGACAUUGAUGAUCUGGAGCUGACUUUGGCCAAAGUGGAGAAGGAGAAACAUGCCACCGAGAACAAGGUCAAGAACCUAACUGAAGAGAUGGCCUCCCAGGAUGAGUCCAUUGCUAAGCUAACAAAGGAGAAGAAAGCCCUACAAGAGGCCCAUCAGCAGACUCUUGAUGAUCUUCAGGCAGAGGAAGACAAAGUCAACACUCUGACCAAAUCCAAGACUAAGCUUGAACAGCAAGUGGAUGAUCUUGAGGGUUCCCUGGAGCAAGAAAAGAAGCUCCGUAUGGACCUUGAGAGAGCCAAAAGAAAGCUUGAGGGUGAUCUGAAGGGACCAGCAGGAACGAACACACUGACACUGAGUUUACCUGCAGUCAUCAUCCGAUGA